GCACAUUUAGUGGAAGAAUCCUCCUGCAGCAGACUUCUCAAGUUUUCCUCAGAGUAAUCACAAGGAUGAAGGUUGAUAUUCACAACCACAUUUUACCAAAGGAGUGGCCCGAUUUGAAGCAGAGGUAUGGAUAUGAUGGGUUUGUCCAGCUUCACCACCACUGCAUGCCCACCCUGUGGACCUGUCAGGCUGGACCUGGCAGCGUGAGCAGCUGCAGAACUCAGCACGUCGUCCCUGCAUCAGCAGAGAGAUUCACUUCAAACACAGCGGCAACACAGUCUGUCAGCUCAGAGGCCCACUUCAAGCAGAAAUCAGCUGAAUGAGCCGUCUGCUGCCACCAUGUGGUUGUAUUUUUGACAAGUUAGAAAAGUCCAAAAGUCGAAUGCCGUUUUAAUGAGCUUAAAAAAAAUCUAAAUUCUAAGGGUAAAAUGGCAAAGAACAAGAGGGAAAAUAUGCCAAAGUGUCUGGACUGUACAGCAGAGACAUGGGAGCAUGUUAAUUGCUGUAAGAGAUGGUGGUAAUGUUGUGUUCCAGGGGGAAGCAGAUAUGAUGAAAGAUGGGAAGCUGUUCCGAGUGAUUCAAGAAAACUGCUGGGAUGCAAAUGCCCGCAUACGAGACAUGGAUCAACAUGGUGUGACAGUUCAAGCCCUUUCUACUGUUCCUGUGAUGUUCAAUUACUGGGCCAAACCUUAUGACACACUGGAUCUCAGCGUCAUUUUAAAUGACAGUUUGGCCCAGACGGUACGUAGCAACCCCAAGAGAUUUGUGGGCCUGGGAACGCUGCCCAUGCAAGCUCCCGACUUGGCCGUGCUGGAGAUGAAGCGCUGUGUGAAGGAGCUGGGCUUCCCUGGGGUGCAGAUUGGCUCACACAUUAACAACUGGGACCUCAACUCCUCUGAACUCUUUCCCUUCUAUGCUGCAGCCGAGGAGCUGGGCUGCUCCAUAUUUGUUCACCCAUGGGACAUGCAAACGGAUGGGAGGAUGGCUAAGUAUUGGCUGCCCUGGCUGGUGGGAAUGCCCUCAGAAACAACCAUGGCUAUUUGCUCGAUGAUAUUUGGAGGUGUCUUCGAGAGGUUUCCUAAACUGAAAGUCUGCUUUGCUCAUGGAGGUGGCUCUUUCCCAUUUACCAUUGGCAGAAUUGAACAUGGCCACACAGUCCGACCAGACCUGUGUGCAGUCGACAACAAAAUCAAUCCACGGACAUACCUCGGGUCUUUCUACACUGACUCCCUGGUUCACGAUCCCAUUGCCCUGAAGCUGCUGAUUGAUGUUAUUGGAAAAGAAAAAGUGAUGCUGGGAACAGAUUAUCCAUUUCCACUGGGAGAGCUGCAGCCUGGAUCACUGAUUGAGUCCAUGGAUGAGUUUGAUGAAACACUAAAGGAUAAAUUACUGGCUGGAAAUGCUCUGGAAUUUUUGGGACUGAAACGAGAGCAAUUUGAAUAACAUAAAUAUCUGAAAUAAAACUGCUACACUCAGUGAUUCAGUACAAAGGCUUCAUUCAGAUAGGCAUUUUCAUAAGAUUCAAAACAACCAAUCUUGUUGUGGUUUGAUAUAAUAAAUUAAGUUUUUUCUGAAUCGCCUAAUUUGUUUGAAUUCAACAUAAAACACUGUUACUUCUGAGAAGUACUACUGUGUAAGAAUGCAUGUGAUCACUUUACAAUUCAGUUUCACACUGUUAAGAUGAAUGACAUGAUUUGGUAGAUAUCAUGCAUUAUAUCCCUGGUUUAGAGACGUUUAAUUAUGAAAUGUGAGUGACCACGAAGCUGAGAGUCACAACACCAUACACUACCCCUGGAACAACUGGAUUGCUGUCAACAGAUAAUUUCUUUUUCAA